AUGUCCAGCGGCUUGCUUAAACCAGAGGCUUCUUCAACCUUACCCGGCAUCGGCCCUGCUGUCCACGACCCUCUGCAGGCGACACCAGCUGCGCGAAAUUGGCCCGACGACCAAGGAAACAAAGAACGAGAGAGAGAGCACUUCGCUGCUCGAGAGGAAGAAUCCAGGGAAAUUCAGACAUACUCUCACUGCUCCUUUGCGGAGAUAUGA